GAAACAAACGAGGAACAGUCGCAGUUUCAUUCAAGACAUAGUUCAUGAUGGUCGUAUGUUAGCGUAAUACAUUAGUGGCGAGAAUGAAAAAAUCAGUUUUUUUGUGAACAAGGAUUGAUGAAAAAGAAUUUUUCUUGCUGACAGAUAUAGUUUUUCUGAAUAAUUUGCCGUAUGAAGAUUCCGCUCAAAAGUGGAUUCAAGUGAAAUAAAGACACUCCAGUUUCAAGAAAGUGACAUACCCGUGAAGAAAGAAGAAAAAGAUGAAUCGAAUGGCUACCAAAAAGAUGGCAUAUACCUACGAAGACGAUAGGGAAAAUGACGACUCUUCCGGUUCCGAUUUCGACGAAGAUGAAGAUCCAGAUGAGAUCGAAGUUCCAGGUGGCGGCAGAGAUUUAGCUACAGUCGCGACUCUUACGAAAUUUAAAGAAAAUAUCGCUUCUGUGCCUCCCGUUUCCGGUGGUGUAAUGUCUGCAGCAUCAAAUGUAUCAUCAAAGUCGACUGGUAAGAUUCCUAGCGGAUUAGUCACAAAGACUGCCAAUGCGGGACAUUAUCAGGUGAUCAGGCAACCAUCCCUUCUGAAACAGCCUGAUUCAAACAACAGUGUAUAUGGAAAGGGUGGUAGUAGUGGAAUGAGUUCGUCUACAGCUGACGUUGGAAGUAGUUGCAGUAGCAGUAAUAAUUUGUCUGAUUCCACUACUAACACUCUGGCAGGAUCUUUAGCAUCAAUUGGGAUGCUGCCGCCUGGGCCGACCAGCAUUCUUGGAGGUCUGGGUAGUUAUUAUCCACCAGCCAUUGUCACCUUAUUGGCGCAAAUGGGAAUGGCAGCAUCAUAUGGAUUCGUUGGUAAUUCGUCAAAAAACACCGCAAACCAAAUGUCGAGUAAUCAAAUGCUCGAUCAUUUGAAAGCAUUGGUAACCGCUAAUCCACAUUACUUAACCAGCGGUAUACCGACAAAUUUGCUAUCCCAAAUUUUGAUGGCCGAUCCAGGCAAAAUACAGCAGCCAUCCUUUUCUUAUGCUAAUCAAGUAGCUGAGGAUGAAGAAGCCGAAGAAGAGGAAAUGGGUGUUGCUGAAACGUACGCAGAGUACUGGCCAUCAAAGCUGAAAAUUGGCAAAAAACAUCCAGAUCAAGUAGUAGAAACUGCCUCCUUGUCUUCAGUAGAACCAUCCGAUGUGUACUACAAACUAUCUCUCCCACUGGAGACAAUCAAUGGAGGUUUGUUGAGUGCACUUCAACUGGAAUCUAUCACAUACGCUAGCCAGGCUCAUGAUCAUUUGCUGCCAGAUGGAACUCGAGCCGGUUUUCUCGUUGGUGAUGGCGCUGGUGUUGGUAAAGGCAGAACUAUAGCUGGUAUAAUUUUUGAAAAUUAUCUCAAAGGCCGCAAGAAAGCGAUCUGGAUAUCCGUUUCGAACGAUCUAAGAUAUGAUGCCGAGCGGGACCUUCGAGACAUUGGUGCUAGUAAAAUAGAAGUUCACCCACUGAAUAAAUUCAAAUAUGCCAAAAUCAAUUCAUCGUUGAACAACAACACAAAGAAAGGCGUAAUUUUUGGAACGUAUUCAGCAUUGAUCGGGGAGUCGCAGAGCACUGGGGGAAAAUAUAAGACCCGACUCAAGCAGUUGUUGAAUUGGUGCGGUGAAGAUUUCGACGGAGUAAUUGUCUUUGAUGAGUGUCAUAAAGCGAAGAAUCUGUGUCCAACGGGUUCAAGCAAACCUACCAAGACUGGGCUUACCGCAUUGGAGCUGCAAAAUAAAUUACCUAAAGCCCGGGUUGUGUACGCUUCAGCCACUGGUGCUUCGGAACCUCGAAAUAUGGCGUACAUGGUGCGGUUGGGUAUUUGGGGACGGGGAACGCCGUUUCCUGGAUUUAUGGAUUUCAUUACUGCAGUGGAAAGAAGAGGCGUUGGUGCUAUGGAAAUCGUUGCAAUGGAUAUGAAAUUGCGUGGUAUGUACAUUGCUCGUCAGUUAAGCUUCUACGGAGUAACGUUCAAGAUCGAGGAAGUACCACUAACGAGCGAAUUCAGGCAGAUUUACGAUGAGUCGGUUGAAUUGUGGGUAUUAGCAAUGCAAAAGUUUACUGAAGCCGCUGAACUUAUCGACGCAGAGAAUCGCAUGAAAAAAACCAUGUGGGGACAAUUCUGGUCCGCGCAUCAACGUUUUUUCAAGUACCUAUGUAUUGCAUCGAAGGUUAAUCAUGCCGUUAAAAUAGCUAGGGAAGCAAUCAAAUAUGGCAAGUGUGUUGUAAUUGGUUUGCAAUCCACCGGAGAAGCUAGAACACUAGAACAAUUAGACCGAGACGACGGUGAAUUGAGCGACUUUGUGUCCACUGCGAAAGGCGUCUUCCAAUCACUGGUAGAAAAACAUUUUCCCGCUCCUGAUCGAAGCCGUAUAAAUCGACUGCUCGGCUUGGAGCCACCAAAGAAAACACAGUUGGAAUGUUUACUGGAAGAGAUAAACUCAAAACCAUCGGCAAGCAACGCUUUCAAACGCAAAAAUCAAACCGCUCGGAACGAUUCGAAGCCGAAGAAAGUUAGACAAAAUUCAUCUGAUGACUGCAAUAGUGAUUCCGAAGGUGAUUUCAAGGCGUCUGACAGUGAUCGGGAAGAAAAUAGUCAUGACUCGGGCAGCGAGCGAAGCAGUGACUAUAAUCCGUUCUAUUCUGGUUCAGAUAGUGAUGAUGAUCCGUGGGUAGGAAAAACGAGUAAACCCAAACCGAAGAAAUCCAAGCUCCAGACAAAAAGGAAACCAGUCUCGACUCAGGAUAAAAUACAAGCUCAUCUCUCGAAGAAACAGAACGAUACGAAACCUGUAACGCUCCGUGCUAGUAAUGGCGUCUCUAUUCAAAUUGGUCCUCCGCCUAAAGAUGCCAUAGAGAACGCCUGUCAGAUGAAGGAUGAGUUGUUGGCAAAGAUUGAAAGGUUGGGAGAACAGUUGCCGGCUAACACAUUGGAUCAGCUGAUUGAUGAGCUGGGCGGACCUGAAAAUGUUGCCGAGAUGACUGGACGAAAAGGACGGGUUGUUCAAAAUGAAGAUGGCACUAUUCAGUAUGAGUCACGAUCCGAACAAGAUACUCCUCUAGAAACACUUAAUAUUACAGAGAAGAAACGUUUUAUGGACGGUGAGAAAGACGUUGCAAUUAUAUCGGAGGCGGCAUCCAGUGGUAUCUCGCUCCAAAGUGAUCGACGUGUUCGUAACCAACGACGACGAGUACACAUUACUCUUGAGUUGCCUUGGUCAGCAGAUCGAGCCGUGCAGCAAUUUGGUCGUACGCAUCGAUCUAAUCAAGUGAACGCCCCAGAAUAUGUGUUUCUGAUAUCCGAUCUCGCUGGAGAACGACGAUUCGCUUCCACUGUUGCCAGAAGACUCGAAUCGCUCGGUGCUUUAACGCAUGGUGACCGACGCGCGACUGAAACUCGUGAUUUGUCACAGUUCAAUAUUGAUAAUAAGUAUGGCCGAACUGCUCUUGAGUCGAUUAUGAAAACAAUAAUGGGCUAUGAGCAGCCGCUCAUCCCACCACCCAGCGAUUACAAGGGCGAUUUCUUUAAAGAUAUUGCCGGAGCACUGGUAGGCGUUGGCCUGAUUGUAAACAGCGAACAAACGCCGGGAGUGCUGAGUCUAGAUAAGGAUUAUAAUAAUAUCUCAAAAUUCCUCAAUAGAAUAUUAGGUAUGCCGGUCGAGCUGCAGAACAGAUUAUUCAAAUAUUUCACUGAUACAUUGGCGGCCAUCAUUGAGCAAGCGAAGAAACGUGGAAGGUUUGACCUAGGAAUAUUGGAUUUGGGAGCGGCAGGUGAAAAUGUGACACGUAUUAAAAUUACCAAAUUUAUCAGAAAACAUGCAACGGGUGUGGCCCCCACCGAGUUACAUACGGUUCAAGUGGAAAGAGGAAUGAUAUGGCAGGAAGCUAUUGACAAGUGGGCAGAUUUGAGCGGCGAAAAAGAAGGAUUUUAUCUAUCAAAACAAGCACGCAAUGGCAACAAAAGCACAGCCAUUCUCGCGGUGGAAAUUGAAAACACCACAACACCUAAGAAGAAGGGUGAAAUAAAAAGCAAGAAGAAUACUAUGUUCCAGGUUUACCGACCAAAUACCGGAUUGCAAUUCAAGCUCGAAUCAUUAGAUGAGCUUGAAAAAAAGUACAAAAAAGUUCAAAGUGAUGAAGCUGAACGGCACUGGACACAUCAAUAUGAUGCUUCUGUAAACACCUGCUCUCAUACUUAUUGGAAAGGAGUGUGUCGAUCUGUUUCCAUGGGUCAAGACUGUGAGGUUGGUCUUCGAAGGAGAACUUACUUUGUUCUAUCGGGAUCAGUCCUUUCAGUAUGGGCUCGAGUGGAAAACAGUUUGGCAGCACGUGUUGGCAACUCGAAUCGAAUGCAAGUGGUUCGGUUAAAAACUAAAGAAGGGAUUAAAAUCGUGGGAACGCUUAUUCCAAAAAAUUGUGUCGAUCAUCUCAUCAAGGAUUUGAGUAGCGACUCCGAGAAAGUUGAGGAGCAAUCUUUCUUGGGAAAAUAAACUAACUGAAUGCUGCGUCAAAGCAUAACUAUACAAUUAUACGUGAUAGUAAAUUUAAGUGAGUUGAGGAUGUAAAUAUUGGCCCUAAAUCAUUUAAAUUAUUGAAACCAAAAUCCCAUUUGAUCGUAUUAACGCCUAACAGCAAUAUGGAACAUAAUAUAUCCUUCCAUUUCUGUACCAUAUUAUUUUAUUCACUAUUGUGUAUCUCAUCAUAUUUUCAUUAAUUAUCGAGUCAAUAGUUCACUAGAAUAGAUCGAUGUUGUCAUCAAGUACGUAUGCGCGUGGUAGUAAAAUAGGAUGUAACUGGUGUUUAGAACAAAAAAUUGUUCAUUGUUUGACGACUUCGGUAAAAUUAAAAUGCAACAAACCAAUUUUUAGAUCAAAAUAAUCAUCUCGUAUGAUUAGUGAAAACAUUCACGUUUCUUUGUUUUUAAGAGGCUUUAAACUUUGCAGUUCAUUCGCCUCCAAUGGAAAACAUUGGAAUAUAA